AUGUCAGGUAAUCCAGCACCGGGCACUUCUAUUGAUGAGUUUAUUUCAGCUCAUCAUAGAUCACUUUCACUAUGGUAUACGAUUAAACACUCAUGGAAGAAGAAGAAGAGAUUUAUGUCGAUCGAUCCAAUUCACUUGACGACUCAUGAUACAUCGACCUGGGAGAACACCAACCAAUGGCAGUGGGAAACUGGCAUUGCCGAUGUAUCUCCAUCCGAAAAGCAAGCUAACCAACUUGUAAUCGUAACCAAAAAGGAUGGAAAGAAGAAAGAUACAUUGAAUUUUGAAUCUGAUCAUCGUGCAGAGUUGUUAACUGAUUUACAAAGAUCUUUGACUGUUGUUAGGGCAGCGGAGAAACAAGGAAAAUCGGUGGAUCAAGUGAACUAUAGACAUUUGGGACGUGCCGGCUAUGUCUAUGAGAUGAGUUUACGUGAGUUGGCAACCGGUAUCUGUUCGAUCGAGGAGCAAGACGCUGCCGCCGCCAGCAACAACAGUUCCGCUAUCAAAGAGACAAAGAUCCGUGCAUCCUAUUUCUUUAAGGAUUUCACCAAGAUCGAGUCGCUCGCCGACAAUCAGAACGCCUAUCUCUUUUAUAUUGGCGCCGAGAGUCCCAACGAUGCCUGCGAUCUCUUUGUGAUCAACGAUCCAAAGUUCAUCGAGAACGUCAUCGUCUUCUCAAAGAAGUACGUCGGUCACGAAAUCAAACUGACCAAAUCGACAUCGCCACUCGCCGACUAUCCGAACCACCGUAUCCGUCGACACGGUCGUGACGACGAAGAGACACUCGUCUCCAUCAUCGAUUUCACAGUCAACAAAAUCAGUAACCGUCAUCAAUCGCCAGUUGCAAGAUUAUUAACAUUAUCGACAACCAAGUUGGUUGAAAGAGAUAUUGCUAAUUAUUCAAUUGUAACAACUCGAUCAUAUUCUACUAUUGCAUGUCUAGUUAGAUACGAAUCAGAUUCACAGAAACUAUCGAUUCAAUAUAAAGAUGGAUUGUUAAAGACAUACACUUCGUCAGCAAGAGAUGCUUUGAUUGCUUCGGUCAUUGAUUUCUGUAGAGGUGCAGGUAAUGCCAAUGCAACUGUAUUCACAUCUCAAAUCGUUAGAGGAAUGAAGAUUACUCCACAUCAUAUCACUCCAUCAGAGGAUGUACAAGAACAAUAUAUAAGAUUAUUUGAACAAAAAUCAUUUGAUUUCGAGAAUUUAAAUAUAUCACAGAUCACUUUGAGUUUGGAUGGUUUCGUAUCGAAUAUUCCAUACUCUGGAUUGUCGAAUGUUUUCGCAGAGAAGAACGAGGAUACCAUCGCCUACUACGGUGUUGAACUCAUGAUCGCCUUGACACAACCAGCAUUCGAAGGUGAAUACGAGUCCGGUCAAUGUCAAAUGAACAAACGUGAACUCUUUAUGAGUCUUGAUUUAAAUAAGACUAUUUUUGAACUUAUUCAAAGACAUUCAUCUGCAGGUACUGGUGCUUUGGUUUUGAAUGCAGCAAUCGAGUUGAUGACUUUGAUUUUGUGUGAACCAUACAGUGAAACAACAGAUGCUCCGAUUUUCAAUGAUUUACUUGGUAGAGUUGCAAGUUUGGGUCGUGAUUUGUUCAAGUUGUUCAUGCAUCCAUGUCCCUCGAUUUCAAAGAAUGCCGGUAUGUUGAUGAUGGUCGUUAUCAAUGAGGGUGACGAAGAGAUGGCUAAACAGAUGCAAAUCAUUGCGUUGGUGGAGGGUGCUUUGUUGCGUCAUAUUCACGAUGCACUCUAUCUCAAGGUGCUACCGGGUGUCGUCACACCAACCAACAUUAGAAACUCUGCCAAGAAAGAGAUGUCCAAGCUGUUGGUAAGUUUGUGGACUGCCGAGAAUCUGGUGUGUCGUCAGUUGUUGGAGCGUGUUUUCCCAAGAGGUUUGGUGCAGUUCCUCGACAGCACCGAAGAGCCACCCAAGCAGGAGGCACUCAAGAAUCAAGAGGCUGCCGGUCCCAAAGCAAUCAAACUCGGUAUCUUUGCAAAUUGGCGUAUGAAGAAGAUCUUAAAGACUCGUGAACUCAUGGCCAAGGCUGUGAUCCGUGCCAAGCGUGAACAAAAGCCGUUGAAGGCUUUGAAUUGGCCAAUGUUCCUAUACCAAUUCUCACAGGAUCAUCGUGAUGCCAAUCUCAUCUGGAAUCACACUACUCGUGAGGAGUUGCGUGAAGCGAUGGACAAUGAAAUGCGUCUGUUCCAACAGGAGCAAGAGGUUGCCGGUCGUGAGAUCGUCGCUUGGAACGACGAAGACUUUGAAGUUCUCUACCCAUCGUUGAAGAAGGAGAUCAGUGUCGGUGGAUAUUACAUCUCGUUGUUGGUCGAUGGUACUAGCAAGGGUAUUCGUUUGACCAACCCAGGUAAUUUCUUCAAUGAACUCUGGCAGAAUUUCCUCUUGAACGAUAGUCCCGAUCAGAAAUCGUUGUGUCUUCGUGCAAUGACACUGGUUUUCACUCAUUACAACAAUCAUCCAUCGAUGACUCAUCCAUUCUCCAAUCUCUCACAUCUCAUUGACCUGUUAGAGAACACCUUUGAUGUUAUUUUGCGUGAUCGUCUUUUGUUGUUCAUUCGUAGUUUGCUCCAAGUCAAGGCAAAUGCCAAGCUCUUUAUCGAUAACCGUGGUAUCUACCGUUUGUUAGAGUUGAUCACCUUGAUUCACACUCACUAUACCUAUGGUGAAGAGGGACGUAUGCUACAAGAGUGGUACUACGCAGUUGAAGCUGCUGCACCAUCGUCGACCACCGACACAACUGGCGCUGCCGCCGCCACACAAGCCACUCGUGUCGGUCCAGUAUCGAGAACCGAGUUGCUCGAGUUGUACAACAACAAGAAGAUCAAUAAGAACACUAGAUGUUGGGCACAGGGUAGUGAGAAGUGGAAACCACUCUACACCAUCCCAGAGUUGCGUUGGACCAUCAUGAAUGGUUCCACUCACGGAAACGUCGGUGGUGUCCUACCAAAGUCCGAGCUCGGUAGCGUCAUCCUCGACAUCUUGAAUGCACUCUGCAGUUUCCGUCCAACUCGUCACCCAACCACCGGUGCAGUUGUCCGUCCUCUCCCAAGAGUCAAGCGUAUCAUCUGCGAACCGUUGGCACUCCCACGUAUCGUCCAGGUCAUCUUGUCCGGCCAAGACAUGCUCGUCGAGAAGACUUGCACACUACUCGAAUCGAUCCUCCUCGACAAUGCUGUAUUCACAUCCAAGUUCUAUUUGACUGGUGCAUUCUUCUUUAUGAUGUUGUACCCCAACUCCAACAUCCUCCCAAUGGUCAGACUGUUGCAAAUCAUCCACAACAAGCAGCUCUUUAUCACCGAAGAGGCGAAUAAACACUCGGUUCUCUUCCCAUUGUUGCCAGAGGCAUUGAUCUGUUUCCUCGAUAACUACACACCAGAGAACUUUGCCUCGAAGUUCCUCAGUGACAACGACGAUCCCGAGACCAUCUGGAAUAGCAAGAUGAGAAAGUUGAUGCGUGAAAAGAUUGAGCUGCACUUGGCUUCGCUGCCACAACGUUUGCACUCCAACACCACCACCAUCUAUGAGUACGUCCCCAUUCCCAAGAUUGUCUACGAGGAGCUCGAAGGUGAACUCUUCUGUCACUCGUUCUAUCUCUCGCGUCUCUGUGAUACCAAGCGAUUCCCCAACUGGCCAAUCAAGCAGCCAUUGGAGUUGUUCAAGAGUGUUCUCUCUGUCUGGGCUGAAGAGUCAGUCAAGGCACCACAAACCCUGUCAGUGGACGAAGCUCUCGAGGUUCUCAAUCUCAAGCCAAACAAGGGAACCAACGGAAAAGCUCACAACUACAAGGACGACGAAAUCAGAAAGGCCUACUACAAGCUGGCUGCCAAAUACCAUCCGGAUAAGAAUCCAGACGGUCGUGAGAUGUUCGAGAAGAUUCAGGAAUCCUAUGAGUUGCUCUCUACCAUCAACAACGUCGACAAUGAGCGUGGUAGCGACAAGAAGAUCUCACUGAUCUUGUUGACCCAGGUGAUUUUGUACACUAGAUUCCUCGACCAGUUCCGUCCAUUCAAGUACCCAGCUUACACUCAACUCUGGAAGUUGAUCACCGAGCAGAUGUCCAAUCCAAAGGCAUACAACACCUCCAACAAGACACCACUCAUCUCGCCAGCCACUCACUUGCUUUACCUCACAGUCGAAGCUUCGCCACUCAACUCUGAGGAGAUCACACGUAACAAUGGUGUUCCAAUCAUUGCCAAAUGCUUUGACCAAGCUGUCACCCAUGUCUUUGAGAAGCUCGAGAUCUCCACUCUUAUCAUCCAGACCACUCCAGUCUCGCCAACAUUCGCAGGUAAACAAAUCAAGGGCGACAUCCCAGAUCCAAAACCAAACCAAGAUGCUCCACCCGCCGACAAAUCACCCAAUGGAAGCGCUACCGAUACUGAAGAAACCAAGAAAACUGCAUCGUCUGCUCUCAUCACCAUUCCAACUUCGAAAUUCAAUAUCAACGAUACCUCUGCCGAAUCUGAUGUUCCGGGUGAAGUCACUUCUUCGCUGCUUCGUACCUAUGGUGUCAUGGCUAAAUUCCCAGGUUCACGUAAACAACUGUUUGCCAACAACGCUCAAUUCAAGAUCUCUGAGAAUAUCUGCAAGUGUCUCUAUCUCUCAUACAGUCAUCCACACAUUGUAACUCAUGCCCUCGAAGCCGUCUACCAAUUCGCCAGAGUAGACGACGAACUCCAAGAAUGUAUUAUCAACGCCGGUGUCAUCUGGCACUUGAUGCGUUUGCUCUUUGGAUACGACCAUACUUUGGUCAACAGUGGUGUCGAAGUCAACAUUGAAUCGAAUCGUAUCAUGAUUGCCAAUCUCCAUGCUCGUAUGUCAUUGCGUGCACUUCGUAGAUUGUCUGGUAUCAAGAGUGAGGAAGAUAUCGAAGGUUACUCUGAACCAUCCGACAAGCCAGAGGAUAAGGAAGCCAAGAAAGCUGCCGCCGAAGCUGUCCAAAAGAAUACAGGUCCCAUUGCCAUGCCAGUCAUCGAUCCCAAUGUUUUGGCUCUCACCGGUCCUGCCGCACCAGCCACUCCAACCCCAUCGCCAGCUCCUUCCACCGCUCAAACCCAAGCUCAACCAGCACCAGGUACACCAACCCAAGCCACCCCAGUCACCCCAUCUUCACCAGCAUCCUCCUCCUCACUCGCACUGCCAGCCAAGAGCAUUCCAAAGCCAACUCAAUUCGGAAACGCCAAGAAGGCACCGGCUGUCAAUGUCGAAGAGUUCCUUAACACCCCAGAAACAGAGACCAACAAGAAGGUACGUGACACCAUCACUGCUUUCCUCUCGACUCAUAUUGUCGUUCGUUUGAAGAUGCCAGUCGGUACAAUCCCAAGCAAACACUACCACAAGUUGUUGACCGAGAUGAACACCAAGCACGAAACCGCUGCUUUCAUCUGGAACAACUCUACUCGUGAGGAUCUCAUGGAGUAUCUCAACAAGAAGUUGGACGAAGUUCACCUCAACCCAUCGGCUAUCAAUCCAUACAGCAUCAAUGGAUUCUCUUACAAAUCGUUGUCCAACGAGAUCAAGGUCGGUGGAUACUACCUACGUGUCUACAACGCAUCGCCAACUGCACCAACCAACGCCACCACUCCAAUCUCAGAGUUGUUUAUACAUUUGGUCGACUUUUUGGCCAGCGAGAGAAACGCCAACGAGGUUCCACAGAGAAAUCCAGACAAGAAACUCUGGGAUAUCUAUAUACUCAAGGUGUCAAUGGCACUCGAGGCACUUAAGAACGUAAUCCAACACGGUAAGGUUUCACCAACCAACUUUAACACUAACAACAGAAUGAGAUUGUUGUUGAUGUUCUUGAGACAUGAAGAUAACGCCAAGAUCCAGAAACUCACUCUCGAUGUUCUCACACUGGUCACCUCCAACAUGGAGUGUAUCACUCAUAUCGCCACCAUCGGUAAUGAACCAGACGGUAAUUUGAUGCCAUAUCUCCUACAGCUUCUCACCAAACCAAAGAAGGAUACUCUGGAGUUGGUUCUCAAGGUUAUCUAUUCGCUGGUUGCCCUCUCACAGCAUGUCAUUGACACUAUCAACUAUUGCGGUAUUCUUUACUUGCUAGACGUCUUUGCCAACAACCAAAUCCAAUUGGAAAACAGAGUCAAGUCAUGUGCAAUCCUCGGAAGAAUGGUUAUUGACAAAGUACACGGUCCAAAGGUUUCGCUGUUGCUCACCAAGUUCAUUCCACCAGUGUUCACCUCGACCAUGGGUGAAGAUCCACAACAGACAGUGAUGGUGUUUGAUGCCGACCACGAAAAUCCAGAGUUGAUUUGGAACAACAACACCAGAACUCAGUUCCGUGAUAUCAUUGGUAACCUACAGAAACAAUACUACAGCUUCUUGGUUAGCAAUGGUUCGCUCAAUCACCAAUGGAAGAUCGCCGAAGACUUUUCAAUCUCCUACGAGAUGGGUGACAACGAGUUGUUCAUCGGUGGUGUAUACAUUUCAUUGUUCCUCAAGCAACCAGGUUGGUCGCUACGUAAUCCAAGAAAGUUCUUGCUCGAAGUAUUCGAUACUCUUAUCAAGUUGGCUGCCAACGACAACGGUAGCGAUCCAAAGAUUCAACAGCUAUCGCUUGCCAUCAUUUCGCUAUUCCAACACCACAAUGUCAUCUCUGACCAAUUGCCAUCGACCGGUUACAUCGAGAAGAUUCUCCCACUUCUCGGUCAUCCAACCGCUCAGAUUCGUUCGUUGAUGGUCAACAUUAUUCACUCAAUGUCUGACAGUCAGGUUUGUGUCGACCAUCUCUCCAAGAUUGGAUCACUCUGGUCCAACAUGUCUAGAAUUAUACUUUUACCAAACGAUAACCUUGCUCUCACAGCCGAAUGUAUUGGUAAACUACUGAAACUCAACCGAUGUGAAAAGACUUGUUUGGUUGAACAAGCAUCGAGAAGCGAUUUUAUCAAUAGCAGCUUGAAAUUGCUCGAGAGAGGCAAGGGUAUUUCACCAGCCACCCAAGCCAUUGUUGUAAACUAUCUCAAAUCAUUCGAAACCGACCCACUACACGGUCCUCAAAUCACUGCCAUUUUGGAUAAAUCCGAGAUUUGGUCAUCCUACUCGAGCCAAAGUCACGAUCUCUUUAUUACUGGUCCAGCAACAGGUCCUGUUGGUUUAUUGACAGCAGGAACCUCUACAUCAGUUGGGCUUUUGACAUCGACCGCUUUCAAUCCAAACACCGGUGGAAAGAGAGACGAACCACCACCUCUACUCUAA